GUUAGGGGUUCAGGGAGUGUCCAAUUCCCUUUUCAUAAACAGGGUUGGAAUAAAAGGAUGCUUUGGACCAGACUCUCAAGAUCUAACUUCAGAAUCAAGAAACCCAACGCUCUGCUAUGAUGAUUUGUCUUUCAGGACUUGUGGGCUUCCUGUUGAUGCUAACGGCUGAGGCCAGAGUUGGAAACUCCUCUGAACUUCACUUCUGCUCUGAGACAGAUCAGUGCCUGCUGUUUGAUUUAAUUUGUAAGACUGAAGAGUAUGAGGUCCGUCACUAUGGCUCUGUGAAAGCGGUAUCGGCUGAACACAGCAGCUAUUUCAUGGAGAUUGCAACGUUUAAAUUGUUCCGCAAACUGUUCGACUACAUCAGCGGUGACAAUGAAUAUGGAGUCAAGAUUGAAAUGACAGCUCCUGUUAUAAUAAAGAUCUCUGAGGGCAAGUCAUCUUUUCCCAUAUUCAAUAUGAAGAAGUACACCUACACAAUGAGUUUCUUGCUACCCACUGAACAUCAGGAGAAUCCCCCCACACCUAAUGAUGGGAAGGUGUUCAUUGGUGACAUGCCAGCUAUGACAAUGUAUGUACGGAGCUUCAAAGGAUUGAUGACAAGCUUCUUUUACACAAAGGUAGCGGAUUCUCUGUCCUCUGACCUAGACUCGGAGGGUGCAAAGUAUGAGAAAGACCACCACUAUGCUGUUGGAUAUAACAGUCCAAAGAAGAUGUUUGACAGCUACAACGAGGUGUGGUAUGUUGUUCAGGGUGAUCCAGUGUGUUCCAGCAGUGAGGAAAUGGGUUGAGCCCUGUGCAAUGACAGCCUAUAUGAAGAGAUGUUGAAGCUGCUUCAGGUUGCAAUGUGUCAUUCCAACAACCUGCAAGGGAGAGCACUGAUUUUUUAAAUGCUGAUUAAUUUCAAUUAGUUGAAUAACCAUGUAGACUUUUAUAAUCCGGCUUGUUUGUUGGUUGUCAGUUUUCUUCAAUAAAGUUACCCUUAUGCAAUGA